AUGCCUGAAGAUAUGGCAACUACCAUACAUCAAUAUGCUGAGGCCGCAGAUAUUGUCAAUCGACGUGAGAUGGCCAGAUUCAUCCAGGAUGUUCGACAGAGAUGGCAUCCAGAAGCGCUGGCGGACUGGGAACUCCCUCGUGCCGAAGGGCUUGCCUUCGGAGACAGGGAGCCACACCGUGACGGCGAAUUAUGCGAAGCGGAACUCAAGAAUGAAGUCCUCCUUCUGCGAAACACAGAUGACUUGAUGAAUCUCAUUCCCAAGCCUUUGACAGACCCUGCUCCACAAAGUGAAGUGAAGAAAGGCUGCAUGCUCUAA